CCACAGUUCGCCCUUCUUGCGAUCGACGAGAAUGGUCACCUGGUAUUCAAGGAUUCUCUAGCUGAUCCCGAGCGCUUCACGAGACCGGUGCUACGACUUGAUGCCUGGCUGGGUGAGUGGAUGACGAUGGACUACUACACCGAUAUCGCACCGCCGCCGGCACCGCAGCUCAUGGUGGGCACCGCGAGGAACGAAUACAUGCGUGCCCCCGUGUCAAUCCCGCUGAACAUCACCAAGUCACCACAUCUGACGGCCGCUGAUAUUUCAUUGCCGACAUCGCUCACGGGCGGGUUCAUACCGCCAUCGCCGUCGUAUGCGGCUUCUUCCAGUGGACCGAUUCCGAGGGGAUACGUCUCGCAAGCGAAGGAGUACGUGGAAUUCGACUACGCCUGGGACUCGUCGAAAUUGGGACAGGGCGCGGAAUUGGGCGAGGAGUGGAGUGCGAUGCACAAACGGUUCCGCAACGGGUGGAAACGGAUGUUGACCUACUACCACAACGAGAAGCCGAGCGUGGCGACUUCCACCACCACUUCACAGCUGAAGAAGCGCGUCGCGAUAAAGGACAGAGAGCAGAGAACACACGGCAUGCAGUGUGGUAAUCCCACACCCCCACUCUCCGACUCCGACUCGGAGGAGAGCGAGGACGAUAUCGACACGGUUGUGAUUAUUGUCACCCAUGGUGCUGGCUGCAAUGCUCUACUGGGGGCGAUCACGGAUAAACCGGUCCUCAUUGAUAUCGGCAUCUGCUCGGUGACGAUGGGAGUCCUAUCCCCGACACCGCCCCCACCCCAACUUUCACUAAAAUCGGAUGAGGUGCCGCAUCCCCCCUUCACCUACGACCUGAAGCUCGCGGCAAACACGGAACAUCUGCGGCCUGUUGGCGGUAGCAACUCCUCGACACCGCCGAUAUCGCCGUUCCUGAAACCGAUAUCGCCGUUCCUCAAACCGCGAUCCCGCAAUCCUUCCGGCCUAGGUGCCUUCGUCCUCUCCAGCAGCGGAGUCUCCGCCGGCUCGAUGGGCUGUCUCAAGACCCAUCGCAGUGUGAGCCAAGGCACCGGAACGCGGCCGACUGGACUCUGGACCAUGCCGCGUCCCGAGGAUCGCGCGAGACCCAAGAGUCGUGGGUGGGUCGGAGAGGGUGUUGAAGAGGAAGCCGUGAUCGAUAGUCUCAAAGCUUUCACGGUCAAGGAGAAGGAGGCCGAGAUUGAGGCCCAAAUCGAGGCCGAGGCCCACGUUCCCGUCGAGCGGAGUGGUGCGACGCUAGACGGGGGCGCAGAGGUGCCCACUUCUGGUGGGCUCUGGGCCGCUAGGGAGUGGGAUCGACCGUGCAAGAGACGGUGGACCGUGGGUCGUGGAGAAGCGUGGAACGGUGGAGGGAACAACUAGGGGGACUGGUUUCGACAGCGAGCGGGGUGCCCUGAUUAUGGUGGACAAAAUGGCGUUGAUCUUUUCUCUUGUUUUUGUUUUUUGUUUUUUGCUUUUGCUUGGGCCUGUUUAUCACUCUCGACUCUCCAUUUUCGCAGCCAGUUUCUUUACUUUUCUUUCUUUCUUUUGCAAGCGGGGAUUUGGUUGGCUUCUAGUUGGGCUUCUAGUUUGGCGUUUUUUUCUUUGUUGUUUAUCGUACCUACCGUUUCGAUUCAUCUAUCAGUUUGAGGUUGCUGUUUUUCUUCUUUCGGAUAAAUAGCAGAGUACCUAGGCAUACCGUCAGGUGCCAAGUAGGAAGCAAUGGAAAUAUCUAGUUGUUGAAUUCUAAAUUCUAAUGCCGCUGGAGUCUGAGGGUUCGAGAUGGUGUUUCAUGAUUCAUUCAGCGACCUGUGC